UCUCCUGACUCUCCAUGGUGAAGUGGGCGGAGUCUGAUGUCAGCCCCACCUCUUGUUGACCCCCCCGCCAUGCCCACCAUGGUUUCCAGGCUGCCGAAGUUCGGCUUCCGGCCCCGGGCCCAGACGGCUCCUGCAGCGGCGGCUCCGCCUGGCGGUGUUGCGGCCGCCGCGGGCAGAACUCGCCUCACCAACGGAUUCUACCACCACCCCGGACCGGCGGGCGUCUCCGUGCCCCCGUCCUCUGCGAAGCAGAACGGAUUCAUCCGAGUGCCGUGUUCGUUUUCCGCAAAGUGGAGGAAGGAAAACGCAGCUGAUGGUGACGAGAUAAUGGACGGAGAGGCUGAGUGCAAGAGAGGGAAAGGUGGAAAUGUCGUCCAGAAUCGCAGCAACUGCCAGCUGCAUUUCUACCAGCACGACGCCAGAAAACACACCACAUCCACCACAGCGAAAGGUUGUGGCCAGCUUACAUCAUACUCCUCGUCAUCAUCAUCCCCUUCUCCACAGUCCAGCCCCAGAGCUUUUCCCAUUUCUAAAAAUGGAUCACGAGCUUCCAAACCGACUCCGAACUCUUCUGUACUGUCCAAGCAGAGUGCAAACACAAGUCCCGGAUCCAAAGCAGGGACAAAGGCGAUCGCUUCUCUGAGACCACCUCAGAGUUUUGUUCGCCUGACAGGUACGAGGCCCGGCUCGGGCCCUGCGUCCCGAUCGGGUUCCCCGCUCCUUAAGAAGCCGGCAGCUAGCCGCUCCCAUUCCAGCGACAACCUGGGCUGCGCCGCUUCCACGCGGCUGACAGAAAGUGACCGCUUCCGCUCCCGGAGCCUCACCCAGGUCCGACAGCAGACCUCUCCCACCCUCACCCGGACCACCGCCUCUCCCCACACGUCCCGCCCCUUCUCCACCAACAGGACCACCCAACGGGUUCCCCCCAUGUGCGCCUCGCAGGCUCCUCCUAGAGGCAGCUUGUUGAAAUCGCCUGUGAGCAGAGCCGCAUCAGGCAGGGCGGCUGGCGGCAACCCCUCCCAGCUGCCGCAGUCGGCCCUAAGGAAGCCCCUCUUACCGAGUCCGACCUCCAGGUCCAGCGGCAUCAGCUACAAGCUGUCCCGCCCGUCGCUCGUCAAGCAGUCCAGACCCCUUCGAGCAAAAGGAAUCAACUCAUGCAGAAGUGAUCAGGAAGUAAACAGAGGACCAAUGAGACGUAAGGACUCUGUGGAGACGCCUUCAUCUACCGAAAACAGCCCAGAAAACACUCCAGACGCUCCGGAGACGGAGCAGCUUUCUGACGACCUUGCAUCCCAGGGAGUGGGAUCGAUUGUCGGUGAGACGCUUGAGGACAUGUCCCUGUCCUCCACUUCCUCCCUGGACAGGAAUGAUAUCAGCCAGGAAUACAUGGAUGACUUUGACAAUCUUGGAAACGGAGGAGUUGGCAUCUUACUGUUUUCAUCCAAAAAUGAGGAGGAUGACUCAGGACUCGACCAGUCAUGCACCAGGCUGGAUGACGACAAGGACGCGAUUAGCACGGUUGCCAAGACAACAGGACUGUGCUUCCUGGAUGAUAGUCUGGACUGGACUUCCAUCAGAGGUGAUAAAGACGAGCACCGACUUAACCAACUUGCCCGUCGGAGAAAGUCAAGUCAGCCUGACUAUCAUGAACAGGGUGGCUCCUCUCUGGACCUGUCCCCCUCUGACAGCUGUGGCUCUGGUGGGACCUACAUGUGGGACGAGGAAGGUCUGGAGCCUCUGGGGGGCGCCACCACUACCGCCUCAAUCCACACCAAUAGCAACACCACCCACCACAUCGGGAGCUUCGACUCGGACAUCAACAGCAUCGAUCUCUUAAACAACCUGGASUCUUGUGAUCUGGCUGACGAUGACCUCAUGCUGGACGUGGAUUUCCCAGAGGACUCCUCGCUGCAUAGCGAUGGAGAGGGGCUGUCCAGCAUGGCUCAGUGGAGAAGAAGACAGCUCUGUUGGGGAACGCAGGACAACGACAUGGAGAGUGAUACCCAGUGCUACAAACUCUCUCAAGACCCUGAAACAAAGGAGGAUAAAAUUAGGUCGGCCUGCUGCUCUCCGGUUCCUCAGGCUCUGGGUCUGGAUGUGGAGGAACUCGCUGAGGACUGCUCUGCAGUCCGGUCACAGCUGGAGUUCCUGCAGAGGUUGCUGCUGCUGGAGGAGGAUUUGGACGACGACACUCUGACCACAGACACACUAAGUCCAGAAACAAACGACUUGUCUCACAGUUCAGACUCGCAGGUGGAGGCGCUCCUUCAGGAGGUGCAGCAGCUCCGGGAGGAACUGAGGAGCCGAGACCGGACCAUCGCACAACUAACCAUUCAACUGACUGUUCCCACGCUGACCACCAGGUGUCGCUGUCAGGAGGCAUCUGAAAGGAUGGAGCAGCAAACGCAGACAAGUGUGACAAAAAGCGAGUGUGUGGCCUCGCAGACACCAUGGAGAGAACACACUUCACAGGUACUUCACUCCUCCCAUCAGGAAGACCAGGAACCACUGACAAACCAAGCCCACGCUGAAAUGCUCCCUGACGGUCUCCCCCCAYCYUUUAAACCAAUCGCCGCCACCUGCACAACCCCAACAAGAGCGAUGGACGAUGGAAACCCACAGAAGAAGCCGGGGAGGGAGGAAGAAGAGACGGAAAGGAGAGGGACCGGUUCCAGAUCCCUGAUGCCUCUGCACCSUUCCAAGCUCCGCCUCUUCCUCUCUCAUGCCGCCAAUGGCUCUGCUCCGGCGUCCGCGAAGGCGAGGCCGUCGAGGCAGCUGUUGGAUCGCGUCAACUCUCCGGGGCUGAAGGCGAAAUCCUUCGGCUCCGGAUCGUCGCGUCUCCCCAAACCAAAGAGCUACUGAGGCAGCGAGCGAUCAAACACGCCRACUGGCUGACUGUACCCRUCCUGAAUCCUAAUAUUGAUAUUCUGAGCUCARAUUAAACAAAAAGAGCACUACAUUAGGAAGACUGAUAAAACCCGGAUCUCGGAAGACAUCACGGAUAAAAACCCUGGAUUUGUGCCUUUGAUUUGGAAGACGACGUCUCACUGCGGAUCGCUGGAACCGCACGUCAUUUAAAGUCUAACCUGAGAUGUUUCACAUGCUGCUGCUGCUGCUGCUUAUAUUUUAAUCUUUAUUGGUCCUCUGAUGAGUUUCAGACUGACUGCGCCCCGCCUCUGUGAGAGGAAAAGUGUUUGCGUUAAUUUAAAUGCAGUCUCCGACAUAAAACCWGGCCUUCUUUGCAUUCCAUCGAAAGCACUCACUGUAUUCCUGUACACUGGAGUUAUACAGUACACUUAAAAUAUCUAAUUUCUUAAGUUCACCUUCAGCAACACAUCCUCUCUGCUUUUUUAACYGCUGGUCCAAUUUGUUUCUCCCUUUCCACAACCACAGAAGAGACGGGACCCUUCGUCCUUCUGCCCGCCGUCUAUCAUCUCUUCGUUCAGACAACCUUGACAUGAAGAAAUACUUUUUCUUCUUGAAGCUUUUGAGCCUCAAAYUUUCUUCUUCUUCUUGGUUAAAUCCCCAGCUUCUCACAGGGAAAACUUCCUUCCUAAAGGAAGAGUUUGGAUUUGUCUAGCUGUUGCUUCCACUAAAACCUUCUUCCAAACUAUCCGGUUAAGCUGCACUGCAAAAACACAAAAUCUUAUCAAGUCUUCUUUUUUCUUUGUCUAGUUUCUAGUGCAAAUCUUUUAGCCAUUUUUAAUUUAAAGUGUAUUUUUUUUAAAGUAACUUUUAAGAGCUUCUUUUAAGUGUAUACUUAACAUUGAUGGAAAAAUACUACCUCCAUUGCCAGAAACUUAAAAAUGAGUGAAAAAAAAUCUUCCAAUAGAACUACUAGUAUAUUUUUUUUAAUUAAUUUCAAGGAAGUAUUGACUUAAAACAAGCUGCUGUCUUCCUGAAGGUCUUACUUUAGUCGAGCUAAGAUAUUUGCACUAGAAACUGGACAAAAAUACUUGAUGAUAUUUAAUGUUUUUUGCAGUGUGGAGAUUGUUUUUUCCCUUUUGCUUUAGAACGCCACUCUGGGAUCUUUUUCUGUCUCGCACUGUGGCCGUACUGUGACAUUUCUAUUAACGUAUUUGUUCUCAAUCCUUCUCCAAGCAAUGUUUGAUCCAAGCUCUGAACUGAAGGAUCUAAAUCCUUACAGGAGUUAUUUUAUGGUUAACAUUCAGCAGAGGAGCUGUCGUUUGUUUCAGCAUCUUUUCUUUUAUUUUCUUUUUUCUUUUUUUUUUUUUGUUCCUCAAAUGAAUCCUGACAUUUGGGCUUCGCUUUGCCGUCCGAAGCUGCUUUCAGCCGGAAUGUCACAUUUCCACGGGGCCCAAUCUGAAACCGGGACACGUUUCCAGAACCGUUCCUAACAUUUUGCUAAGUCGAGGAGUUAUGCACUCGCCUGGAUUCCUUCAGGAAGUUUGAACCCAGUGACAUUUUCGCUCCGCCGAUGCCUCAAACCCACCAGUAAGAUCCCGUGUCAUCCGUAUUGGUGACCAUCUGUCAGCUCUGUCUGCUUUCACAUUAAAUAGCUCUGGAAUAAAAUAUGCAACACCGUUAGGAAAAAACUAAAAAAAAAAAAAAAAAAACAGAAACGGACACAGAAAUAUGCAAACUGGCUUCGCUUCAAUUGCACGACUCUAAGUCACAGAUGCUGGUGAGUUUUCAGGAAAGCGGUGACUUUUUUUUAUAUACGACUGGAUGACUCCRUCGUUUAGCUUAAAGCUUUAAUGAGAGAAAKAAAGUUUCUGGGUUUUUGACUGGUGGGAAUAAAUGAAACUAAUUAGAUGUCAUUCUCUCUGAGAUCAUAAACUCCUUAAAUCUGACGCUUUUCAUUUUCUGUGAAAAAAAUGUUUUAGUCMAAUUUUUUGUUUUGUUUUGUGUUAGACCUUUUAAACAUCCAGCUCACCACAUAAAAUACAAGUUUUUAAUGUUUUCUUUGAAAACUAAGAAUCUCUCCYUUUCUUUCCCCUUUCAUAAAUACASUAAAAGUUGAUAAAGAGUAAACUUUACUCUGAAGAGUCUGAAAUCAGUGUAGGAUGAUUCUGUCAGGAGUGAAAUAAUUGAAUCCCAAUGCCAAAWAAAAUAGCAUUAAUACCUCCAGUUUUCACUUCCCAGACUUSUUAACAAUAAUCAAAUGCAAGAGCCAUUGCAUUCAUAGAACAAAAGCAAAAUAAUUUGGUUCUGUUUUAGAUUUUUAAGCAUGAGCGAGAAUCUUCAACUUGGAUUCCUAAUUUCAACAUUUUUAUCAAUUAUAUUAAAAUUGCACUUAGAUUUACAAGAGUCUCUUUGAGUUUAUUUAGUUACCAAAAGCUAUUGCCGACUUUCAAAGACGGAUGUCGCAAAGCCAAAAGUAUUUUAACUUCUAAAUGCGUGAUUUAAAAAUUCAAACAAAAUUCAGUCGGAAUGAAGAGCGAUCGAAAGUUUUGGAUCUCAUCCGGUCAAACUUUGUGUACGUUUCUACAGCWUGAAGAGAGGAUAAAUGUUUAAGUCAACUUUAGUCUGAAUCUGCAUCUCUGAGUUUUAGCAUCGACAUUGAAACCACCUUUAUUAUACAUAUGUUUUAAGAACAAGAAGCGUUAGAUAAAACAAAAAGCUGGUGCGUUUUGUCACAUUUCAUCAAACCAACAAAGAUCCGGCUGUGCAUUUCUUUUCCUUCCUCUUGUCGUUUUGUUUCCAGGCUAAACACAGAUGUUUAYGACGGAGCGCUCACCSGCCUCGUGACUCUCUGACCGCCUCUCUUAUCCUCCUCCCUCCCUCGCACCUCGCCCGCUGCAUUAGUAUUAUUAUUAUUUUCUUUUUAGUACCAGCUGUUAGUCCAGUAGUGGAACGGCAGCUUCUGCCCAGGUGUAGCAGUUAAAGCUUGUUGCCAUGGCAGCUCAGAUCCGCAGCAGCACCCGUGUGGAAUCGCAGCACAUCCUCGUGUUUCUUUUGUUGUUCCCUGUUAAAUGAAUCAUCACACACACACGGUUAAAACCUGCGGGUGGUUGGGCGGGUUGCUUUUUUUUUUUUUUUUCCUCGUCAAAUUUCAUCUUCCACUGGAUCGGAAAAAUACACAUCAAAGUUUUUCAGUUCCAAAAUGUUUUGUUUGAUUUUUAUUUACAUUUUUUUUCCUUGAAAAUGCUAUAGAAAACAAAGAAAUUCUUGUUAAAAGUUUCUACAUUUCAUUCCACUUUUCCGGGUGUUCAGGCUCCAUCUGCGCCCUUUUGACCUUGGUGAACUUUGUCGUUAAAGCGGGGGAAGGUUCGGACAUGCGGCUGCUGCUAAUGAGUUCUUAUCUGAAGCUCAGAGAACACAGGCAGGAUUUUGGGAGUGAUAAAAAAAAAAAAAAAAAAAAA